AUGGCUUCUCGCCAAAUCCCCCGGACGACGCGCUCGGUCAUCAUCCAGGAGCAGGCGAGCGCAAAGAAGCCUGUUUACCAUGACGCUGUGAUUGUCGAGCGGGAGAUUCCUGCACUUCAGCGUGGUGAGGUCCUCGUGAGGAUGUCCGCUGCUGCGUAUAAUCAUCGGGAGCUAAUCUGGCUUACCUAUGUCUCAGGCCUGUACCCUGGGAUCCAUUUCGGGGCCACCUUUGGCGCGGAUGGGGCUGGUAAAAUUGCUUGCAAAUCUGCGUCUUGUUCGCUGGACUCACUGCUGGAGAAGCGCGUCUUCCUAACUCCGAUGCGCGGCUGGGAAUCUGACCCAGAAGCGCCUGAGGGAAAAUUCGCCAUCCUCGGCGGCGGGAAAGUUCCUCCCAUCGGCACAUUUUCUGAAUACGUCGUCGUCGAGAGGGACGAGGUGAUUUCAAGCCCGUCCCACCUUGACGAUGUUCAUGCAGCAGCGUGGCCGCUCGCGGGUUUGACGGCUUGGAGGGCCGCAAUCGUCAACGCCAACGUCCAGCCUGGACACCGAGUCCUGAUAACUGGGAUUGGCGGCGGUGUCGCCAUCACGGCGCUGCAGAUCUGCUUGGCUCAGGGUGUCAUCGUCUACGUGACCAGCUCGAGCCCAGACAAAAUCAACCGUGCCCUCGGACUCGGCGCAAAGGCAGGCUUCAACUAUAGGGACGAGGACUGGGCCAAACAACUUGGUGCCACCCUGAAGAAGGAAAACGGAGUGCUAAACUCCGUCAUUGACGGUAGCGGCGGGAAUAUCUUGACACAGACGAGCUCCAUACUGAAGCACGGCGGGCGGGUGGUGGUAUACGGAACAACUGCAGCUCCCGUGAUCCCCAUGACCAUGCCUGCCGUUCUGCGGAAUCAGAAACUCAUAGGUUCGACCAUGGGAUCCCGCAAGGACCUCGAGGACGCGACGGCCUUCAUGGCAAAGCACAAGAUCGUGCCUGUUGUCUCCGAUGUUCUAGACGGAUUGGACGCCGUCGAGCAAGGCUUCGACCUCAUCAAGCGCGGCGGGCAGUUUGGGAAGAUUGUCAUCGACCUGCAGAGGAGCAGCAAGGCGAAGCUGUGAUCAUAUGUGUGCCCCGACUAGCAGUCUUAACCAUUGACCAACUCCAAAUUGUAUACUAUGAGGUGAUCGAGUGCAGGUGAAAGGAGAACGAGGAAAUAAGUUACAGAUGCAUAGAAUACAGCCAUGAGCACGCAAGAGUUCACCUCAUCCAGUUCCCGUCCAGCUACUUAAUCCGCACUCCGCUUCAAGCCCCCACUCCCCACACCUCCAGUCCCACACACUCGAACUGGAC